AUGAAUAAUUCAGAAAAUGAAUCAAAAUAAUCUGAAUAAACUUAAACAAUUGAUUAUUAUCAAUAAUUAAAUGAAAACAGAAAUAAUAUUAUCUCUAAUGUAUCCUUGUUAGAGAGGACUAUAUUUUAAUUACUAAAAAAAUAUCCAGAAGUAUUCGUUUACAAUGAAUAACAAGUAUAUGAUGGCAAGAGUCAAGGUGCUAAUUUUAUUUUAGAAAAUGGAUUAUUAUUAGGUAAAGGAGCUUAUGGUACAGUGUAUUCAACAGUAAAUCCAAAUAAUAAUUUACCAGCUGCCUUAAAGGUAUAAGAGAAUUGUGAUUUUGAUUAAGUAAUUAUACAAGCAGAAGAAUUUAAAAUAUAAAAAAAAAUUGCUAAGCAUUUUCCAGAAUGCAUUAUCUAAAUACAAAAUAAAAUUGUUAUUAGUUUAAAAUAUAUGAAUACUUAUCGUAUGUAUGCUUACUUAGAUCUAGGAUUGGGAAACCUAAGGGAAUAUUAAAUAAAAUUUAAUAAAUUUACUGAUCUUCAAUUCAAUAAUAUGUUUGAUUGUAUUUUAGAUAGUAUUAUUAAAAUUCACUCUCUCAAAAUUGCACAUGGUGAUAUUAAAUUAGAAAAUAUUAUAAAUACAUAAAAAAAUGGUUGGGUUUUAGCUGAUUUUGGAUGUGCAAUUUAAUACACAACUCCUUAUGGUGAAUAUCCUAUUGUUGGUACUAGAGUUUACUUGUAAAAAUAAGUAAGAGGUGCAUUGAAAAAUAACUUAAAAAUGUUUAAAAUGAAUUUAUUUAAAAAAGAUAUUUAUGCAUUUUAAUUGACUAUGCUUUAGAUACUAUAUCCUGAUGAUAACAUUUCACAUUUAUAAUAGAUUUUAGAUACAUAAUAAAUAGUACAUCCUAAAAUAGAUUCACUAUAUAAUAAAGAUUAUAUCUCUAUUAAAGCAUAAUUUAUUUAAAAAGAAUUCAUUAGAAAUUCAUAAAUUUAAGAAUCAAUUCAAAAUAUUGAUGAUAUAAAAAUGAAAUUGGAAAAUAAUUUCAAACUUAGUUUCUAUUAUAAAUUAUAUUAAGAUACAUUAAAAUUACCUUAUAAUAAAGAUAUGGACUUUUGGACUUAAACUCUUUUGAAUAUAGCUAUUUAAGACUAUUCUGAUAGAGAAGAAAGAGUAAAAUAAAUUAUGAUUUUGGAUACUUUUGUAGAUAGAUACUCUAAUCAUAUAUCAGCUUAAGAAAUUUUUGAAGAAAUCUCAUUUGAAGAUUUGACAAAGCUAGAGUAUGAUCUAUACUUUGAUGUUUUUGAAAAAAGAGGCUAGAAGAUGCUGUAAUUAAUGCUUUGUCAAGGAUAUUAAACAAUUUUAGAAGAACUGAAUUGCAAUUUAAAAUUUUAGGAGGCUGAGUUACUCUAUAUAGUUGGUUAAUGGGACUAAGCUAAAGAGGCCAUUAAUAGUAUUCAAAAUGUAUUAGAAUUAGAGAAUGAUGAAAUGUUACUUAAAUUUAUUUGUUUAAAGGCUCGAUUGAAUGAUUAAUGGAUAAAUACUAGAGAAGAAAUCAUACCAUAUUUAAUGAAUUAUAAAGAUAUGUUUUAAAUCUUAAUAGAAUGGAAAUUUAUAUUGAUGGAUUCAAUUUGGUUAGAUAAAUCUAAGAAUAUAGUAAAUACUAUUUAUCAUAGAUAGAAUAAGGAAUAAUUUGAUGGGAUCAAUUCAUUUAAUUAUAAAAAAGGUGAAAAUUAAUAAAAGCCAAUCAAAUUAAAUUUUUUAAAAUACAUUAAAACAUUUUAUCUGGAAUAAGAAGAAGUUAAUUAAGAUGGCAUUAAUAUUAUUAAAUAAAUGUAAAACUUCAAUUAUGAUAAAUAUGCAAUAUUUUAUUAAGGUUGGAUAUGUUGUGAGAUAUUAUAGUAUCAUGAUAUCUAUCAAUCCCAUAUCGAAGAAUUAAUAUAAUUUAUUGAGUAGAAUUUAGAAGAUUAUUAUUUUAAUUGGGUUAUUUAUGAUUGUUAUGCACGAUUUCUUACUUACAAAAGAGAAUUCAUGAAGGGUAAGCAAUAUUUAUAUAAAGCAAUGAAAAUAGUAUAAAAUGAUUGCAUCCAUAAUUAAUUCACCCUUUGUCAUCACUUAUUAUAAUUACAAAUCUAGGAAAACAAUUUAGAAUGCAUUGAUACUUUUACUAAAACUAUCAAUUUUAUUAAAUAAAUGCCUAAUUCAAACUUUACUUAAUUUUUAUUUAUAACUUUAUUAUAAGAAAUCUUAGUUAUGUGUGAUUUAGGAUCUUAAAUAAAAUUAAAAGAUUUUUUAGAUUAAGCAAUUUAAAUUCUAAAAGAUUAAUUAAAUGGACUUAAAUUUAUACCACUCCUCAAUUAUAUGAGUUAAAAAGAGGAAGCUGUAUAGAACAAAGAUUUUUAUGCUCUUAAAACUGCAAUGUGGCAAUCACUACCAGAGCUACUUGAAGCAACAGGAGACAUAUAUGAAGAGGAAGUCCUUAUUGGUUUUCAUUAAUUAUUUGUAAUAUUAGAAUUUUUGAAUUUGUAAUUGGAGGAUGAAACAAGAUAUACAUCCAGAUGGAUCUAAUCAUUGAUAAUAUUAAAUUAGAUAGGUUUCAAUAUUAAGAAGUUUCCAAAACAAAUAUUAGAUGUAAGUCCAUGUCUUUAUGCUCGUUCAUGUCAUAGGUAAGGUGAUGAAAGGAAAUUAGAAGAAGCUAAAGAAUUAUAUAUGUUUUAUCUUAAAAACAAAAGUUGGUUUUUUUGA